AUGAAGCUCUUGGCUCAGGUUAUUGCUGUCACAACCCUGGCAACAUCAGCUCUAGGAGCCCCUGUCGUGGGAGCGGAUAAAUCCAACCUUGAGGCUCGCAACCCACAAGGCUCUUUUAUCUGGGAUUGGGCUAAGAGCGAGGCGCACAAGAAUGAAAAGCGAACACCCCAGGGCUCGUUUAUCUGGGACUGGGCCAAGAGCGAGGGGCACGAGAAUGAAAAGAGAGCACCUCAAGGCUCGUUUAUCUGGGACUGGGCCAAGAGCGAGGCGCAUAAGAAUGAAAAAAGAACACCCCAGGGCUCCUUCAUCUGGGACUGGGCUGACGGGACGAGCGCUGACCAUAAAAGCACUGAGGAAUAG